UUUAUUUUUAGCCUGAAACAACUGCUUCCUAAAAAUGGAGUUCCUAAUGACACGGGAGCUGGACACAGCUAUGUAAGGUAUCCAGGGCUUGGCCUGACAGCUUCUCCUGUCUGUCUCUCUUUGUUGUGAGUACAGGACAGCAAAGUUUGCUGCUCCCCACCAGCCUUGCAGUGUUUGGGCUGAACAGUAGGAAAGUAGCAGAGAGAAACUUAGGGAAACUAAGAGAAACUUAGUUCAAACUUCACCUGGAGUCUUUAGUCUCCCUCUCUUCUCAAAUCAAGAAAGAGGGGGACAUUUACCCUCCCUUUGCUGCACUCCAACGGUGCCCCUAUGAAGGCAAUUUGCUGGAUCCUGGCAGGUUUUUACCUGCUUUUCUGCUGCAAGGCAGAAGAGGGACUGAACUUCCCCACUUACGAUGGGAAAGACCGAGUGAUCGACCUGAACGAGAAGAAUUACAAGCAGGCACUGAAGAAGUAUGACAUGCUCUGCCUGCUCUUCCAUGAGCCUGUGAGCUCUGACAAGGCCUCCCAGAAGCAGUUCCAGAUGACAGAGAUGGUCCUAGAGCUGGCAGCUCAGGUCCUGGAGCCCAGGAGCAUUGGCUUUGGGAUGGUGGACUCCAAGAAGGAUGCCAAGCUUGCCAAAAAGUUAGGCUUGUUUGAAGAGGGAAGUCUCUAUGUCUUUAAGGACGAGCGGUUGAUUGAAUUUGAUGGGGAACUGUCCGCAGAUGUUUUGGUGGAAUUCCUCUUGGAUUUGCUAGAAGACCCCGUGGAGGUCAUAAACAGCAAGCUGGAGCUUCAGGCCUUUGACCAGAUCGACGACGAAAUUAAACUCAUUGGCUACUUCAAGGGAGAAGACUCAGAACAUUUCAAAGCAUUUGAAGAAGCUGCUGAACACUUCCAGCCGUACGUCAAAUUCUUUGCCACCUUUGACAAAGGGGUUGCCAAGAAGCUAGGCCUAAAGAUGAACGAGGUGGACUUCUAUGAACCCUUUAUGGAUGAGCCUGUUCACAUCCCUGAUAAGCCUUACUCAGAAGAGGAGCUGGUUGAUUUUGUGAGAGAGCACAGAAGGGCCACCUUGAGGAAGCUGCGCCCAGAGGACAUGUAUGAGACGUGGGAGGAUGACAUGGAGGGUAUCCACAUCGUAGCCUUUGCUGAAGAAGACGACCCAGACGGUUUUGAGUUCCUGGAAAUCCUGAAGCAGGUUGCCAGGGACAACACCGAUAAUCCCGACCUGAGCAUUGUCUGGAUUGACCCUGAUGACUUUCCUCUGCUCAUCACUUACUGGGAGAAGACCUUCAAGAUUGACCUGUUCAGACCACAGAUCGGGGUGGUGAACGUCACAGAUGCUGACAGCGUCUGGAUGGACAUCAGAGAUGAUGAUGACCUGCCCACAGCCGAGGAGCUGGAGGACUGGAUAGAGGACGUGCUUUCUGGGAAGAUAAAUACCGAAGAUGAUGACGACGAUGAAGAUGAUGAUGAUGACGAUGAUGACGACGAUGAUGACGAUGAUGAUGAUGAUGAUGACGACGACGAUGAUGAUGAUGAUGACUAACUGUGACUCUGUGCAGUUUGACUUGUGGGGCCCGAGAGCCCUCGCCCUGCGGCAGGUCCCUCCAUUGGAAGACCUAUGUUUGAGCAUCAGCAAGCACCGCUGCUCCUCUUUCCCCCCUGCCCUGCUCCCCCUGCCCUCGCCCUUGCUGGCACCCCCUCGCCUGAUUCCCAGCGAUGCCGAGCCACCGGGACUGCCCCUGUGGAGGGCAGCACCUGCAGGCACCCAGCACCGCUGCAAAUCAUGCCUCCUUAGUAAGGACAGUAGGAAUCUGCAGGGAAUCUGCCCCGAGUGUCCCAGGGCAGGAGAAAAGUGCCUGCCUGCUUGCUGCCAGAGGGACGCAGGGAGCCAGUUUGUAUCUUCUGUGUUCAUCAGCCCAGCACUUAACAUCCAAAGACCAAAUCUCACUUCAAGACAUAGGGAAAACCCUAACUGUAAAGUUUAGCCCUUUUAUUAAACACAAUGCCCUUUGCAGCUACUCUGCCAAGACCACUCAAUCCUGCAAGUUCUGCUGCGGGAGUCUGUCACUACUCCCUAACAUGCUAAGAGCAGCAAAAUGCUUUGGGAGGGGAGGGAGGUUUUAGGGAUGCUAUUAAAGUUUUCAGUGAUUCCACAUAA